ACCGUAGGGGUUAUCUUCCCUUGAACAAGCAGUCGACUAAACUUGGUGUAGGCCUCGAAGAACAUUAAACUUAUAAAUAAUACACCAUAAUUAUCUGUAUGGAUCCCCUUGAAAUUUUACUGGUUACAUCAGGAACAAGAGGGGAGAGACUUCUAUUUAGAUAUCCAUUUGAAUCAGAUGACAAGGACAGAAAAUCAAGCAAAGCUGUUAACAGAAAUCCAUAUGCAGUAAAGAUUGCUGAAGAUAUUCAAAGCCAAAGAUGUGAUGAAAAGAUUGGAACUGAGAAAUGCAGAUUCAGCAACACUUUAUUAGCCAGUUUGUUGGCACCAAAAUCAACACUGUGUUACCAAAAUUUUGAUCUUAAAAUAGACGAUAUCAGAUUUAUUGGAUUCCCCGUCCUACUACAUGAGACUUUACCAAAACAAACAGGACACAGAAUUAUAACAGUAAAUGUAGUUUUUGCUCUAAAGGCAAAUUUAGAGAAAUUUAUUAUAGACAGAUUCCACAUUAUAUGUAAACAACUGACAGUAGCAAUACAACAUGAAGAAAGACGAUGUAAUUAUUUAUCAGUGCAAGCUAAAGUUAUGAUGGCAUUACAUGAUGAAAUGGCCGCACGCACAGAAGAUUGUUUGGAAUCACCUUAUAAACUGAUUCUUCAAAAAAGUCAACUGGCAAAUGAAUUAAAACAAGUGUUUGACAGUUUAUGUUCUACUGGUGUCGUUCGAAUGUAUUUAAAUAACUGGAUAGAGAUCAAUGUUUGUUUACCAACAAUAUACAAUGAUUUUCUACCUUCCUCGUCUUCUAAAUGUGAUUUUAGUGCUAUAGAGAAGUGUAUUUCUGGUUUAAGGCCAUACCAUGGUGUAUUGUUAACUGUAGAUGAACAAGCAUUAUUAGAUUCAUUACCAAUGGAUAGUACUCCAGCAUUAACUAGAUUAGUAAAGGCAACCAGUCCCCUUAAAAAUAUACAAACCAUUGCCUUAGAUGCUGAUCUAAGUCUUUCACAGGUCUUUCAGUUAGUUUGUCAUCUAAUUUAUUGGGCAAAAGCUAUAAUAAUUUAUCCACUAUGUGAAACCAACACUUAUAUCAUAUCACCACAUGCAAAUAUAUAUGUGAAUUCCAAUCUAGUACAGAUAUUUGUUGAUGAGUUUCCUGGUAAGAAUCUUCAUGUUGAGUUGGCUGAAUUUUCUCUACCCAAACAAUUACGAGAUGGCAACAUAUUUGAACAUCGUUACAAACAGGCACAAAGUGUAAAGAUGGUGAUAUGGUUAUUACAGCAUCAAUUAUUGAUGCAAUUACAUAAAUAUAUAUCUAUUAUAGCACCUAAAUAUAAAUAUGAUAUAGAUCCAGAUAAACAGACUGAUACACCACAAGUUAUAGAGGAAGAUAUCUUUAGUGUUUUAUUAGAUGAUAAUCAUCUAACUAGAACUCAUAGUUUAUCAGAUUUAGCUUCAGUGAACAGUGAUGAAAGUUUUGGCGGUGUACAACUCGACAACCAUGAACCGAUUGUAGCACAGAUGAAUAGUGAUGUUUUAAAAGCCAUUAAAAGUUUACCUGCUGCCAAAAAUGUUGAAGAUUUAAAAUUCUUUUUAAAACUGUGUCCUUAUUUUAAUGGAAAAUGUCACAUAGAAGAAAUAAUGUUUUAUGAGAAUAUAUCUAGAUCACAAAUUACCACGUUACUGGACAAGUUUAAGGACAUUCUAGUGGUUUAUUCCCACCAAGAUCCUGCUACAACAUUUUUUACAUGA